AUGGCUGUAUUGGUGGACAUGGUGGUGGAGAUGGCUGAGAUCGUAAAACAUCAAAUAAACUCACGAUUAGCAUUUGACAUAGGAUUGCAAUGUUCCAUUGCACAAUGCCAACAAGUAAAGCAAAGUAGGCCUUUUCUGAUUAAAGUUAGGCUUUUCGCUGCCUUGGGUGGAAAAUUCUUGGAUGAUAAUCAAGAAUGCAAGAAUGCAGAUGGCAAAAGGAAAAUUGAUAUAUUUGAAGGUGAAGGAACAUCUGAUGUUGCUGCGAAUAACAACAGGGGUUCUACAGUUGAGUCUUUAGACGAUAUUGAAGAGGGCACGUAUUGGAAUCGUCUACCUGUUUCCGAGGAUUCAAAUUCAUGUACUCAGGGUGCACUAACUACAUCAGAAAGAGCAAAUGGCUCUGGCUCUGCUGCUGAGAAUUUAAAUGUAAAGGUUAAAGGUGUGGAUCAGUUUGAAUCUGUUGCCAGAUUACCUAUUCCGACAGAGUGCCAUUUGAUAUCUUUGCCAUUUCUCUACUUUGAUGUGUUUAUCUUUACCCUUUGGAUGAUUACGGUUGAAAAGUUUUCUUCUGCUGCUGCUGAUGAUGAUUCAUGUAGGUUUCCAGCAGAAGAAUUUCAACCUGUCCUCUGCAAGGCUGGGUUUUCAGUCAUAACAAAGGUGGAGGAUGCAGCCACCUCUGAUCUGAAAAAUUAUUCUCAAACUCUACUGCGUGCCUCAUCAGCAGUAGAUGUUUUCGUUAAUAUGUUUCAAGAACAAAAUAAAUUUGGUUCAGGAAGGAGAGGUUCAGAGCUGGAGUUUACCUAG